GGGUAUAGCAGCACUGUCCCCCACCUGGGAUUGAACCCACGACCCUCCGGUCAAGAGUUCAGAGCCCUAACCACUCCUGCCCUAGCAAAAUGUAGGAAUGUACGUGUGUGUGUGUGUAAGGAUAGGCUCCUUACUAUUACACACACACACACACACACACACACACACACACACACACACACACACACACACACACACACACACACACACACAACAGCAAUUACUGGGAGUCUUGUGACACGGGUUUUUCAAGCACAGUUGUUCCUGUAUUUGUUCGCCUAUAAAACAACAAGGAAACCGACAUUUUGAGACACUCCCGAAAAAAACAAAACCUUCCACUGGACGGCUGAGGCAACGAGAAGCACGAAAGAAAGGUCCGGUUUCUGUGCAACUUGCCGCCCUGUAUAGGCAAAGUUUAUGGCGCCCCUACGCCAAUCAGAAGACUCUUUUGAAGUGGGUUUCUACGUUGCGUUAGCUGCUGUUGUGGUGAUUUCAGUGGCAGUAAUCCUCUGGUGUAUUUGUUGUAAAGACCGAGAUACCAAGAGACUGAUAAGAGAAAAGGAGGAUCUUCAGAAGAAUUAUGAGACUUUUAAAAUGCAGAAAGAGAACGUUGAAGCAGAUUGUGACGAACUUCGAAGGAAAACCAACACAUGUGGCUAUGUCCUUGAAAGAGAAUGGAAAACAAUGACUGAAGCUUGUGUCAAUGUGACUCUAGACCCCGACACAGCCAGCCCCAGCCUCAGAGUCUCUGAAUACGGCUCACAAGUGAGAUUCACAGGGGAGAGAUCAGCAGAGUGGCCCAGUGUGCUGGGCAGGGAGGGGUUCACCUCAGGGAUGCACUACUGGGAGGUGGAGGUGGGGGAGAAGGGCUACUGGGUCCUGGGAGUCUCCACACACCCUCAUGAGAAGAGCAUACCUGAGAAACCAGGGGAGGGCUACUGGCUUGUGAGGCUGGCUCAAGGGAAGAUCUGUACAGCUGUGAGCCAGUCAGGGGAUCAGAUCUUAAAACUGGAGAAGAUCUGUAAGGUGUGGGGGGUGUAUCUGGAUCACGAGGGAGGGAGGCUGUCAUUUUACAAUGCAGAGACCAGAUUCCACAUCCAUACUUUAGAAGGCUCAUUCCCUGGGCAGGUCUACCCCAUUUUCAGCCCAGGGUCACAUGAUAAAGGACCCUUGAUAAUCAAUGCAACUGUGAAGAAUGUGUAGUCCUGACAAGUAGCUUGUUACAAUACACACACACACACACACACACACACACACACACACACACACACACAAAUUACUACAAUUAAGAAACGUCUAUAGGAACAAAAUAUUUGCUGUCUGUCUGUCUCUGACAGAAUACAGGAAGGUAUUGGAGUUUCGUUAUUAUUUGAUAUUUUGUAUUCAGGUUAUGAAAAGAAGAAGAGUCUAUAGGGGAAGAAUGUGUGCUGGUGAGAGAAAAGAACGCGGGUUUUAAAGAAGCCUUGUAUUGCGUAUUUAAAAUAAAACUUCAAGUCAAGGUUUCAUCAGUGUAUUGUAUUGCGUCCAUGAUUGACUGUGGGUGAAGGUUCUGUUACAUAUUAAAGCACUGUAUUCUGUAUUAUAUAUAGCUGUGUGAUACAGUGUAUAACUAUAGCAGGUUGUGUUUUGUUUCUCGUUUCUGUUUCCACUGUUCUGUGUUUUAAAUACAGCAGCACCCUAAAUAAAGGAAUGCCAUUGUAA